AUGUUGCUACAUCAGAAAGUUAAGAAGGAAGAUAAGGAGGACAAAGUUCUCGUACCGGUUGAAGAGCUUUCUCCCAUUGCACGACCUCUUGCAGUGAAGAAGCUGUUGAAGAAGGUGCAUAAGACAGUGAAAAGGGCAUCAAAGGCUCGUCAGGUGAAGCGUGGUGUGAAGGAAGUUGUUAAGGGCAUAAGAAAGGGUGACAAGGGGCUUCUUGUUCUCGCCGCUGACAUCUCCCCCAUUGACAUCAUCUCCCACCUCCCCGUACUCUCUGAAGAGGCGGAUAUUCCGUACAUCUUCGUAUCUUCCAAAGUUGAACUUGGUGCUGCCAGUGCGACAAAGCGGCCGACAAGCUGUGUGCUGGUGUGCCCCGAUUUGAAGCGGAAGAAGGCAGUGGCACACAAGGAAAAUGCAGAGGUGACGGAGGAUUAUCGGGAGCUGUAUGAUGAGGUAGUGAAGGAGGUGAAGGAUAUGGUAGGUGGCUCCCAAUCGCGAUCACAACACUUGGCUUAUUUUUUCUUGUCAGGAUGA